CCCAGGUCAAUCCACCCCGCUCCCUCCUGCGUCACAGCUUGUCAGCCCAGUGCGGGAACGAGCCUGUUUGGGGCAGGGUGGGCGCCAGCAGUAGGGCGGCUCGGGCCAGGCCCUGGCCUCCCUCUCCCCAGGAUGCCUCAGCAUGAUGGAAAGUUCUUGGAAUUUCAACUUCAGCUCCAGCUGAUGUUCUUAGCAACCGUAACCGGGGAAAACACUCUGCGGUGGAGCCUGUGGGCUGAGCGGGAGCCGGGCCAGCCCCUGGGCCUGGAGCAGCCACUGCAUCUGGACUGGGCUGUUCCCAGCACGUUGGGCCAGGUGCAGAUGGGCCCUCGCUCCCCCAAGGGCAUGGUUAUUCUCCGCUGCGGCGUGUUCUGGGACCUGUACUGCGCGGCGCCGGACCGCCGGGAGACGUGUGAGCACUCCAGCGAAGCCAAGGCCUUUCAUGACUAUAGUGCCGCGGCGGCCCCCAGCCCCGUGAUGGGGAACAUGCCCCCGAACGAUGGCAUGCCAGGAGGACCCAUGCCACCCGGUUUCUUUCAGGGACCUCCGGGCUCUCAGCCAUCACCGCACGCACAGCCUCCACCCCACAACCCCGCCGCCCCCAUGCUGGGGCCCCACAGCCAGCCUUUCAUGUCCCCGCGCUACCCCGGCGGCCCCCGGCCCUCGCUCCGCAUGCCGAACCAGCCGCCCGUGGGGGUCCCGGGCUCCCAGCCGCUGCUGCCGAACAGCAUGGACCCCAGCACGAGGUCGCAGGGGCAUCCGAAUAUGGGGGGCCCGAUGCAGCGGAUGAACCCCCCGCGAGGCAUGGCGGGGAUGGCUCCUCAGAACUACGGCAGCGGGAUGCGGCCCCCGCCCAACUCGCUGGGCGGCCCUGGCAUGCCCACCAUGACCAUGGGCCCAGGAGGGCGAGCGCCGUGGCCAAACCCCAACACCAACUCUAUCGCGUACUCCUCCUCCUCACCCGGGAGCUACGUGGGCCCUCCCGGAGGCGGCGGCCCCCCCGGAACCCCCAUCAUGCCCAGCCCAGGAGACUCCACGAACUCCAGUGAGAACAUGUACACCAUGAUGAACCCCAUCGGGCCCGCUGGGAGCCGGCCGAACUUCCCCAUGGGGCCUGGCCCCGAUGGGCCCAUGGGAGGCAUGAACGCCAUGGAGCCCCAUCACAUGAACGGAUCCUUAGGCUCUGGCGACAUGGACGGGCUGCCAAAGAGCUCACCGAGUAACUUGGCCGGGCUGAGCAACCCGCCCGGGACUCCACGGGACGACGGCGAGAUGGGCGGCACCUUCUUAAACCCCUUCCAAAGUGACAGUUACUCGCCCAGCAUGACAAUGAGCGUGUGAUCGGCUCGGACGUCCCGGCGCAGAGAGCCAGACGCCCCCGCGGUUCUAAACUAUUUAAAACACCCGCAGGAACUGGCCGCCUGCCCUCCUGCCAGCACCCCCCCCCGUCCCCCUCCACCUGGGGCACAGCUGCCCCCCUCCCCCCCGUGCUCUAUUGGCACAGCUCCCCCUCCCCCUGCACCAGGCAGAGGAGCAAACCGCCAGACCCUGCGCCCUGUUGGACUGGUGCUGUGGGGUACACGGGGCGGGGGGGGGGCUGCUUGUGCCAGGCAAGAUGCUGUUCCUAGGCACGUGGGGGGAGGGGGUGGAACCUGCUGACUGUAUUGGGGGGGGCAGGGGGAGAGAAGGGGGCAGGACAGAGCUGUGGCUGCAUCCGGCAGCACCUUGGGGGGCUGGGAGCCAGCAUACUGUGGGGGGGAGGGGUCCAGCCCCAGGCAGCCUCCUUCCCAGCCGCGCAGCAGAAGUGGGGCGGAAGGAGGCUGGGGCUGAGCUCCCGCCAGGGGGGCCAGGGGCUGGGUUUGCUGCGACACUGCCCUGCUGCCCCCACCCCAUCAGGGGUUAUAGGCCACGGCUGGCAGCCCUGCCCCCAGCUCUGCCCAGCCCCACACAGCAGGGUGGGGGGAGGGGGGUAUUUAUUUAAGGGUUUGUUUCACUGUGCAGGGUUUAAUUUAUCAUGGGCUUCCCCCCAAACCCCACCCACCCCCCCUGCUCCUCAGCUUCCAGGGAUCCCCCCCCCACCCCUUCCCGGGCCCUGGCCACACCAGAGCCUGCUGUGGACCCAUGGGGCAGACCCUGCAGGUCUAAGCAGCUGGGGGGAGGGGGAUGCCUACAGCCCCCUGCCCCCCCCAGCAAUCUACCCCUCCAGCCAUCAGCAGGAGCUCUGGGCUAACCCCCACCCAGUGUAGUUAUGCCACUUCCAUCAGCUUCUCCUAAGAUAUUUGCCAAGGUGAGGGGGGCCCCCCACACUGGACCCCUCCCUUUCUGCCCAUGCUGCCCUGAGAGCCAUGCCUGAAGCCCCACCGCUCCUCAGGCCCUGCCCCUGCUUCUGGUGGCACUGGGGAGGCCUGGCAGAGCCCUCCCCUCCCGUGGCUGCCAGCUAAGCAAAGAUGCCUCAGCCCCCUCAUGGUGCCCAGUAAGCCACCCCUCCCUUCCUGUGAGCACCCCCCCGGCAGAGGAAAUUGCACCCCCCGGUGAUUGCUCUCAGCUCACCCAGGAGACCUGCUGCCCCCAGCGCUCUGCCCCCACCCACCGUUCCACAGCUGGAAACACCCCGCAGAGCCGCUCGGAAAUAGGGGACCCCCCACCAGCCCAGUCUGUUUGCUCAGCCACUGUGAUUCCCCCCCUGCCCCGUCCCCGAUGGGCAGACUGGGCUCGGCCCCUGCCCUGCAGCAAAGGGAGGCAAGUGUACAUAGGCCCCCCCAGCAGCCCCCUUUGCCGCGGGCGCCCGCCCCUACCCGCUCUCGGGACCACCUUUAACUUUCAUAUGAAGGAUUCCCCCCCACUCCCCCCUUUUAUAAACAUGAAGGACCUCAGCAGCAGCCCCGCCGUGCUCCCUGCGGCUCUCAGCCCAGAGCCGCCCCUGCCCGGGCAAGGGGGCCUUAUCUGGGUUCCUGUUGCUGUUCGGGGUGAGGCUCCGCCCGCCUCACUCGUGUGCUGUGCCCGCCGCCGGCUGGGAGGGGACGCAGCCAGCUGGCGGAUUGCCGCCGGGGGCAGCGCCUCCCCUGCUAGGUUAGUGCGUCUGUGUAGGGAUUUCGUCUGUUCUUUCUACUCUGAAGGCUUUAGACUGAAAGUUGCUUAUCAAAAACAAAAAACAAAAAAACCCCAAAAAACUAAAAAAAACAACAAAAAAAACCACCCACAAAAACCUGCAUCAAUAAAUGUAAUUUGAUUUUUUUCAUA